AAAUAUGUGAUCUACUUUUCUGAACAAUUCGAUGUUUUCAUAGUAGUUUUAAAGUUGUAGCAUGCGUUAUAUCACUUUUAAUAUCAAUUUAAAUAAUAAGUAGUUCAAAGCCUGUAUUAAAAUGUCUGACAUCGACGAAUUAGCUGAGUUGGACGAGUUGCUACGUGCCGAUUUAGCUGACGAGGCUGAAUCUGUCCAAAAGGAAACAUUACGUGAAGUGGAUAUCUUCCAACCAAGCUCCAGCUCACAAUCUGAACCUGAAGUACCAUUGAGUAAACCGGGGAAGUCUUCUGAGGUGCAUAACGGAGACACAGACUCGUCUGACGACGAGGAGAAACGAAACUACACCGAACGCAAGUACAACGAUUACGGCUCGCAAGUUAAAAAAAUACUUGACGACAAACAACAAGAACACGUAGAGAAACAGUUGGACUUUGUAACUAGGUUGCGACAAGUGAAUAAUGACGUUAAGUUUAACAAAAACAAAACUAAGCCGAUAGAAGUACAGCAAGAUAUAAGGCAUCUGUUCUGCGCUCCACAAACCAAAACCAAAGCAGUUUCGGACAUUUACACGGACCCUGUAUUUGGUAUUAGAAUUACAAAACCGCUAAUAUCCAGUGCAGCUCUACUGGAUCGCAUGCAAGGGAGAGAGGCUGUCAGUAUGUUAAGAGUGAAAAGACAUGUGGAGAAUGAAGACUUAUCAAAGGAUUGGGUUACAGCUGGUGUCAUCGUCAGAAAAAGUGCUGUGAAAAAGUCUCAGAAAGGAAAUCAAUUUCUAAUUUGGACUCUAACUGAUCUAAAAGAUGACUUGAAAACAGUUUCAAUGUUUCUAUUUCGGAAAGCUUAUAAUGAUCUCUGGAAAACAACUGAGGGCACUGUUGUUGCAGUUCUGAAUCCUAAUGUACUUGACCGGUCACAAAACAGUGCUGACCAGGCAUGCCUCAGUGUUGAAACCUCUGACCGAGUCAUGAUACUUGGUCAAUCUAAAGACCUAGGCACUUGUAAGAGUAAGAAGAAAAAUGGGGAACCAUGCACAGCAUUUGUUAAUUUAUCACAAUGUGAACACUGCAUUUAUCAUGUGAAACAAGAGUAUCAAAAGUAUUCCAGAAGAUCAGAAUUGCAAUCCUCAACCAUGGGUAAGGGGCUUGUUAAUUUGCAGAAAAAGGUUUUAGGUAAGGACACAGUGAUAUAUGGAGGUAGGGCAUACACUGCCCCUACUUCUGGCAAUCACAAGGUGGUUAAGGAUAGAGAUCAAAACAGACUGAUGUCUUUAAGUGACUAUUACAAGUCAGAGGGAGACAAACUUAUGAUGAACAAAGCACCAUAUGGGGCAGGUCCCAUGAAAAACAAUACUACACCAUUACACAGUCCAUCAACACAAAGAAAAAGUGAUUCAGAGAGACUUAAUAAAUUGACCGCAUCACCAAGCAAUAUAUCUUCUAGCUUAGCAGAAAGAGUGGCCAGUUCACCAAAAUUAGGCAAAGGAUUUGGACUUAAAGGAAGUGGGAUGGUAGAUCUUAACAUGUCUUAUGGCCAAAAAGCAGCUGAAAGAGCAAAAGCCAAUGCAUUGAGACUUAUACAACAAAGUGGAGGGAUUGAGAAACUAGACCCAAAUAACAUAAGAGGCACUGAAACCGGCAAGAAAAGAGCUUUUGAAAAACUGAAUGGUGAUAAUGAGAAUGAUUGCAAAAAAUCCAAACCUAAUGAGGAAACUAAAACUAAUGGUAUAAAGUCUGAGAGAUUUAAGAAAAUACUAGAAGCUACAUCAGCACAUCAAAAUCUGAUUCAGGAACAUGAUGACAAUGAACAGGACAAAUAUUUUAACAAGUUGGAGAAGAAGGAAGCAAUGGAAGAAAAGAUGUUGAACACAUUCAAGUUGGCUUGCAAGGCUGUCAGGUGCAUCAAAUGCAAGUACACAGCGUUUUCAGCUGCACAACUAUGUAAAGAUGAAAGACACCCCCUUAAAGUCCUGGACACUUUCAAGAGAUUCUUCAAAUGUCUUGAUUGUAAUAAUAGAACAGUAUCUCUUGAAUUAAUCCCAUUGAAGUCUUGUUCUAAUUGUAACAGCUCUCGGUGGGAAAAAGCACCAAUGUUGAGAGAGAAAAAGGUCACAUCCCUGUCUGAAGGCUUGUCUAUUAGGGGUGAGGAAGAGGGCUAUAUAGGCGGACAGAUUAAUGCAGGGAAGAACAUUAAUUUACUAGUCCCUGAUAACUGACAUUUAUUGACAUUAGAA